AUGCCUACCGUGGACGAGACUUCAGAUAUCUUGGGCGGGAAAAUCAACUCGCUUCCACCUCCCAAAACUGGCCUUUGGAACACAAUGUCCUUCACCGCCAAGUCGACGCUCACGUUGGUCUUGGUUCUGAUUGCAUACGUUGCGUUUGCAAACGUUUGGAGACAGGUUAUGAGGUGGCGAGAAAAGUCGUACCGACUAUCGCUUAGGCGAAAACACGGCAUACCAGACAACGACCACCGCCCGUUCAAUGUCGCUUACGCGGCAGUCCUGCGUGCCAAACGGGAGGGUUCUAACAAAAAUGUCGCACCAGCAGGUCGAACGCCAGUCAUAACUCAAGGCGGUCAGGCUGUGUCCGAUCAGCGUCAAGGUGCACAACAGACAUACGGAAACGUUUACACGCCGCUAGACACAACAGCUUCAGCUGCGGGAUCUAUUCGACAGCGCCAAGGCGCGCCUUUGCGACACGCGGAGUCCUCGUGGUCUACCCCAGGUCUACCAGGGCGAUACGUUUCAGAAGGCAUCUCUUCGGCGCUUGGUAACGGGUCGAGGCUAAGGACCGUAUCGUCAAACUCCAACACUCUUUCGAAUGCCCGUGGUGCUUCUGUUGGACAGGCUGACUUUGAGCGCAGUCCAAGCAAGCGGCGUUUUGAUCCUGACGGCCCGAAUGGUUUGGCAUUUGUUGAUGAACGCGGUGAAGGCGAGGCGGCCGAUGGGCAAGGAACGACUACACGCGGCUCUAAGCGUGGGUUGGAUGAUGCUGAGGGCUACGACGACGCAUAUUAUUACUAUGAUGACGGCGAUGAAGCUGCAGGCCCUUCCAAGAGAAAACGAGAUAAGCGUGCUAGGAAGGUAUCCAUGGAGAAGAAUCCAAACGGACAGCUCGUUGUGGUCAGUGGAAACGUGAGUGAGGACAUGGAAGUUGACGAUGAAGAAGGCGAGGGUGAUGAUAUAGUGACUGAUCUAAGGGACGUUGUGAGGGGGAAGAAGAGAGACCGCGCAGAAGCGGGAUCGACAUUUGGCGGUGACGACGACGAUGACGAGAGCCCGCCCGAGGAAAAUGUGGCCAACCUGUCGACGAAGGAACGGAGACACAGAAAACGCCGCACAGUUAGCAAGAGGAGAUCGGACGCGGGUAUACCUAUUCGCGGCCGAAAAAGGGAUCGAGGAGAAUCCGAAAGCGAACACUCUGAGGUGGAGUCUUCGGAGGAGAGCGAUGGUAUCAUGGAUCAUGGCCAGGGAAAGAGGAAACACAAGAAGAGGGGCAAGAGAGGAUCCCAUGUGCAUGAGGCCGGCACACCCAGGUACAAUGUAAAUGAACAUGGUAGCGGCAGUGGCAGCGAUGUGAGCAUGGAUGGAAGUAGAGUAUCAAGUCAACCGGGGUGCAAAGGUAGAAAGAUCGGCGAGGAAUGGGAGAGUAGCGGCGUUCGGUAUAAGGUUGGGCCCAGCGGAGAGCGAUUGCGCAUGGUUUUGAUGAAGCAAGCCCGGAACAAAUUCGUCAUGCCUGCCGAUUCUCAGCAUCCUGACCGGGAUGCGAAUAUGGAAAUCUGGGUUGGUGAAUGGCUGACGGACGAGGAAUACAAGGCGGCCAAGUUACAGCAGUUGACUGACUCGUUGUCAACCUCAACGACUUCGUCAACUGAGCCUGAGACACCGCAACCUGAGGAAACUACGGUCUCGUCGCGCGCCUCUGUUCCAGCACCUCCGGUGACUGGCAAGAAUCUACUUUGGGAGGCACCUAUGACACCAAGCCAGCGCCGCUACUCUUCGCACUACCGGGACUUCAACAACAAUUCACUGCCUAAAGACCCAUUCAGACAGUCAGUUGCAACCAACAUUGGUCUCCGAGUCAAUCCAUUCCAACAACAGGCACCUGUCUCUUCUUCCAGACGUUUAUCCUCGCCCAACCCACGUAGUCUCCUAACCUCCACAGCACUUCAGUCGUCCACUCCUGGAAGCCCCCUUUCGGCAUCUUCUAUGACGAGCCUGGCUGACAGCACGAACAUUCUGGGCAGUGGCGCAGGAUUGAGUAUGAGUAUGUUGGGACAUCGUGGAAGCCCGCGAAGAGGGUUUUCGAAAUGGGAAAAACAGGAUAGGGAGGCUGAGGCUAUGAGAAAGGUGAGAGAGGCUAAAAGGGCGAAGGAAAAGGAAAGAGAAGAUAAAGAAAAGCGAGAGAAAGAGGCCUGUGCACCAGUGGCGGCGCCGUUGACGUUGCCUACUCCUGCUCCUGCUCCUGCUCCUGCUCCUACUGCAACGGCGACACCUGCACUCCCCACAUUCGCUUUCAGUAAACCUGCCGAGGAAAAGGACAAACCAAUCUCAGGUGCAGCUCCUGCACCCACUGCGGCUGCUGCCGGCAAGCCUGCCUCGUUACUUGGUUUUGGCCCCCCGCCUGCAGUCUCAAAUUCGAACGAUGCACCAAAGCCUGCCGCUGCUCCUGCCGCUGCUCCCGCUGCCUUACCAUCCUUCGGUGGCCCUGCUGCUCCCAAACCUCAGGAAAAGCCUUCAAAUCCUUUCAGUGGUCCCUCGUCAUCAUCUUCAUCGACACCCAGUUUCUCUUUUGGUAAACCCGCCGAACCGACUUCGACCGCGCCACCGACUUCGUUCAACCCUCCCGCUCAACCCACAACUAGCUUCCCUACUUUCAGCAAUCCAGCACCCGCUGCAUCUUCUGCCCCUACAGAUGCCACGUCUAACAAGCCCGCUGGUACGUCUGGACCUCUGAAAUUUGCUUUUGGCCCAACUUCUGGCGGUGCGUCUUCGACACCCGCGACGACCACGCCUGCUCCUGGAGGCUUCGCUUGGGGUGCGCCACCUGCUCAACCUAGUGGAGCUCAGCCCUCCAGUGCACCGGAUGCCUCGUCACAACCCAAGCCUACCGCGCCUUCUUCAGAGCCGUUGAAGUUCUCCUUCCCUAAACCUGGACAGUCGAAUAAUAUAUUCGGUCAGAACGGAAGCAACCCCUCCAUGCCUAUGAACUCAAAUCCCACGGCGCCAAAGACAAACACAUUCAGUUUCGGGCCCAAUGCAGCUACUUCCACCGCCGCCCCAACAACUUCCAACGAUGCUUCGAAACCUGCCGCGCCUAGCCCGGCUGCGUUUGGGUUCGGUGCUCCAAAGGCUGCGUCAGCUACCCCUGCUGCUACACCGAGUGAGACCCCCAAAUUUUCCUUCGGGUUUGGCAACAAGAGCGAACCCGCGAAGUCAGACGCAAAACCUACGUCGACAUUUGGCGGGUUUGGUGCAGCUAAUCCUUCUGCAACGUCAGCACCCAACGCCACUGCAGCAUCCUCACCGUUCGGCAGCAACGUGUUUGGGGGUUCGUCAGCACCUGCAGCCUCGUCAAACAACAACAUAUUUGGAGCUGCUUCGGCGCCAUCGAGCGGGUCACAACCCGCCGAGGCACCAAAAUCUGCCUUCUCCGGGUUUGGCAAUAAUUCGAGCAAGCCAAGUGCAUUCGGCUCCACGACUCCUGCGUCGUCGCCGUUCGGCACGUUUGGAGGGGUCAACGGUGCGAAUGUAUUUGGCUCGAGUAAUGGUGGACAACCAAAGCAGGCGUCUUCUUUUGGAGCUCCUUCGUCGACGCCCGCUGCACCAUCCUCUACAUUCGGCUUCGGGCAGACCACAUCGACGCCAAGCAGCACACCCGCCGAUGCGCCAAAAGCGGCGCCGACUUUCUCCUUUGGAACACCGUCUACCGCAGCGCCUGCAUCUACGCCUGCAGCAAGCGGCUCUGGGGGCUUCUCGUUCAAUUUCGGCGGCAAUAAGACGGCUGCGAGUCCGUCACCAUUCGGCUCGGCUCCGUCAGCAGCACCCUCUUCGGUGUUCGGAAACACUGACAAACCAGCCGGUGUGUUUGGCUUCGGCGCUCCAUCCACUACUCCCAGUGGUACACCAGCAUCAGGCGGUUUCUCAUUCGGCGUUCCAUCCACACCUAGCAAGUAA